CGAGAUGGCGUAUUACGUGACCUCGAGCCCCGUGAUGAUCCAUUACCUUUUGACGUGGACGUCCCUUGGCCUUUAGCCGUCUCGUUAUUAGUUAAGGAGAGAAUCCUUCUUGUUACUUGUAACACAACUCUAAGCUUCUUAGAAUUUGUCUUUAAUAGCCCAGCCUAUAACACAUGGUACUUCUUGGCUUACAUGUUAAUUAGAGGAAACCAAAAUUAUAAACAUUAA